AUGAUUUACCAAGGUCUAUUUUCCUUAACAUUAUACUUGUUUAUCAUUAUAAAUCAACAACCAUCUGUUUAUUCACAAUAUAUCUCAGGUAAUUUAACUGAUAUUAUUCCUGACUUGCCUAAGCCAAGAACAUGUAAAGACAACGAUCUUAAAUGGAGAACAUGUGAUGGAAGUUGCAAUAAUAUCGAAAAUUCAAAUUGGGGUGUACCAUAUAAUGCUUUUGAACGAGGUUAUUUUCAACCUUACUACAAAGAUAAUUAUACUGGCGAACCUUGGUUAAAAAUUGAUACGAGAAUGAUUUCAAAUCUUUUGUCCGAUAGUGGUCAGGAACCCCUAUUGUCAGGAAGUCCAUUGGUUGAUGACUUGCCAUCAAUUGCAAGAAAGUCUAUAUUUGAAAUUUUUUUUGGUCAACUUAUUAAUCACGACAUAGAAGAUUCUCCAUUGAGUACUGUCUCGUUAGGAAUUUCUAUUGCGAACAUAACAGAUGAUCCCGUACUUAAUUGCCAUCCAAAUAAUCCAUUUAAUCCUACACAAAAUCCUUACAUGCCAAUAUCCCUCUCGUUAGGUCGAAUAAUCAAUAACACAUUCGUCCCAGUAGACUCCGGUAAUUCGUAUCUUGACCUAUCAAAUAUUUAUGGUGCGCAAAUUGAUAUGUCACAAGGUCUUCGUACAAUGAAAGAUGGAAAAUUAUUACUGGAAAAUUAUUUUGGAAAUGGUGGUGCUUAUAAUAAAAAUCUUACAAAUGUAACUGCGGAACGAAUGGCUCCAAGUCCCGGAAAUACUAAUGUUUAUCCUAAUCUGUCGCCGCCUUCUAUCAGAGCCAACGACGCCAUGGUUAGUGGUGAUACUCGUUGCUCUGAAAAUAUCCAAUUAUGUAUCAUUACUACUCUCUGGAUUCGUGAACAUAAUUGGUGGGCGGAAAAGGUUUUAAAUGAUGAUCCAUCUUUGAAGGAUAAUGAUGAAGAAAUUUACCAACGUGCUAGAAGAAUGACAAUAGCUGAAUAUCAACACGUUAUAAUUAAUGAAUAUCUGCCCGCUGUGCUUGGGGUUAAAGUACCUCCUUACACAGGUUAUGAUAAAACUCUGCGCCCGGAAACAUCUAUUCAUUUUGCUGGUGCUGCUUUUCGUUAUGGUCAUUCAAACGUCCGUCCUUAUAACAUCAUCGAUGGUUGUACAGAAAAGCCUAUUGAACUUCAUCCUGACUUUUCAUUCCCCAAUUCUCAUCCCAAUCGCUUCUUCUUUGUUGGUAAAUCUGUUCCAAUUCCAUCUCUACCUGGAAGCAAUUAUACUUCACAACAAUUAGACUAUACCCCUCUAAGAAUGUUAACUCUCGCUUCCGGUUCUCAAGGAAAUGGAAUGGAUAACAUUCUUGCUAGCAUGUUGAGAGAAAAUGCUGCUGAGUUUGAUUUAAUUAUCACAACUGCAUUAAGAAAUAUACCUGCUGCUAUGGAUUUGUUCGCUAUAGACAUUGGCAGAGGUCGUUUACUUGGUCUUGCUCCUUAUGAUAUAUAUCGUGAAGCGUACCAUCCGAAAGGUGGCCUAUACAAAAACAAAGAAUGUGAAGGGAACUCCGAAGUAGAUUCAAUUGAUUGUUUUAAACUUAUAACGUCCAAUAUUACUAUAGCAACAAAUUUACAACAAAUUUAUAAAAAAGUUGGCCAAAUUGAUGGAAUUGUUGGAAUGUUUGCUGAAGACAAAGAAAGUUCAACAGCUCCAUUACCACCAACAAUUGCUGCAAUAAUAAUGGCUGAAUUUAUACGUAAAAGAAGUUCUGAUCGAUUUUGGUAUGAAGGUGAAACUUAUACUGACGAGGAGAGAUCAAUAAUAACGAACACUUCUAUGAAUGAUAUUAUUAUGAGAAAUACAAAUGUUAGAAAUAUACAAGCUAAUCCAUUUAAAUCUCCUGGUACAAAAGAUCCAUUAG